AUGAAUUACAACUCAUAUUAAUCGUAAAAACCGUAUUCUAGAAUUCAGCAAUAAACCUAUAAUAAUAAUAAAAUACUUUUAUAUGUAGAAUAGGUUCUCUAAAAAUCUAGAAUCAAUUACAAUAAACAAAGUAACUACAAUCAAACCUUAAAACUAAUUCAAAUUAGUAAAAUAUCAAUACCAACUCUGAAAAUAAAAGCAUCAUCUAUUCACCUAAAAUAAUACAAUAAGAAUAUAAAAUCAAUUAGAAAUAAGAAACUACACCUUAUAAAACUAUUCCCCUUCAUUAAUCAUAAUAAAAUAUAGACAAAUAGCUAAUAAUUCCAUUAAUUCCACUUAUGA